AUGAGUGGGAGUACCGAAACUAGCGUACCUGAAGACUUGAUCAAGGCUUUUGAUAUUCGAUGUAAUAAGGGUUUUUUCGUCGGUAAAUCGGAUAUAUGCAAAAAGGUUAAGGGCGUCGGUGGAUUUAUCCGAAAAAAAGAAUUAGAAGCUAUAAGAGUUGAAGGUAAUUCUGAUGUUAUAGAGCUAUUGCGCAUUCCUCGGUUAUCUACUUUCUCCAUUUAUACGCUGCUGGAAAUCGUGAAUGAUGAAAACAAUUACGCUGACGCCUCGUCUUUCUCGAAAACAAGCGCUGCAGUUAAAGCGAGUUUAGAAAAAUAUUUUCGGAACCCGAUCUUGGUGUCUCAUAUCAGCGAAUCGUUACUCCUCGUCAGCUAUUUCACUUUGUUUGAGUGUCUUAGAUAUCAUGGCCUGGAAAUUCCCGAGAAAAUAAAAAAAUAUUUGGACCUGGUAUUGCUGGACACCGAGGUCGAUUCGGUGUACUCCAAUCUUUCGAACAGCUUCGAAACCUCAGAAAUACGUCUCUUCCGCCAGUACGGAUACGAAAAAUGCUCAGAGAUCUUCAAUGCGCUCAUUGAUGUGUCUAAUGUCAUAACUAGCGACAACCAAAUUUCUGUGAAAAUCGCCAAGAUAUGCGCCAGCUGCAUGUCCCGAUCUCUCGAAAUUCCAGAGGCCGUGGAUGUCGAUAGUGACGAUUUCAGAGUCAAUAAUACGCUGGUUCCUGUGCUUGAUUUUGUCAAUCACGACAAUGACCAAGUUAACGCGCAUUUCGACGUGGAUCGAGAAACAGGCGACGUUUUACUACUACUUGAUGAAACACCACAAGAGGAAGAAGAAUUUGAAGUCUUUAUCAGUUACUCUCCGUAUGAGGAGCUCUUCAAUUUCGAAAGGACCUACGGAUUUGCGCCGGUGAGGUCCAAGAAAUCACCUCAGUUCUGGAAUAUGUGCUUUGAAAAGAAUUUCUUCAAGAAAUUUAAACCCAGGUGUUUGGACUUGGCUUGUUUUUACAAAUGGUUCUCGAUCAGACCUUGCGUUCAACUUAUUUUACUUGGCGAUCAGGUGUAUAUCAAUGACACCAUUGAAGAAUUUAGACAGUUUCUUCUCCCUUUCUUCGAUAACCCUGUCCGAGAAGAUGAGCCGCGGUUUGAGUAUAAUCCGAACUGUUAUUUGACCUUUGCGCGCUUUGCAGCGCGUGCAAACGGCGGUAGUGAAAAUGAUUACUUGUCGUAUUAUGAAGAGGUCGUGAGGACCCAAGAACGAAGUCGAGACGAAACCAUAGGUAUUCCUCAAUUGGCAUGGUCUUGCCGUUUUUGGGAAGAUUCUUUGGUGUCAGCGAGAUUCGACAAAGAACAAUGCAUGAGCUUUGAGCACGACUCGGAAGAAGACUACGAAAAGGCCAAAAAUGCUUUUGAAGCAUAUUUCUGUGAAUACUGCGCUUGGCGAAUGCGGGCACUUUCUAUCGAGAUGACUCAACCGACCUCAAAUUUUUGGGGCAGAUUGGCCGCUCAUGAGCAAACAAUUUUAGGCCAGAUCCUGCUUCAAAAACGAAAUAAAUCUGCAUUUUUCUGGUCCGAAGCCCCAUCGUCCCUAACCGUGCCAUUUACGGGAUGUCCAGUGCUUCCAAACCAAUGUGUUGCGUUUGAAAUUGACACGGACAUGACGAAAAAUGACCAUUUCUCUUAUUACGAAGAGUCUCGGUAUUCUGACUACGUUGACGAAGAGUAUGAACACUAUCAUCAAUUUUUUAACCCAUCUUAA